AAUUUCCCAAUCACUGCAAGGAACUGAUUUAUCCGUAUCUUAAUCAUUGAUUAUCUUUUAAUCCAGUUCCUAAUCUAAAUCUAUAAUUUUCAAUUAUUAUUUUAUGAUGAUAAUCUUAUCCUAAUCAUACGUCAAAAGCUAGAAUUCUCUCCACCGCAAUUUCAUUCCUUUUGGUUUUGAUACUGUGAUCCUUUUCCUCCAUAACCAGAGCUUAUCAAUGGCCAAACACGAGGAGCUUCCAAUCCCGAUUUACUCUUCUUUGGAACCUGUUUACGGAGACGGCUCUCCGCUCGAAGAAGCUCAGCUUAGAUUCGAUAGAUUGAAGUCUAAGUUUCUCGAAGUCUUUGGACACCCCCCUGAUGUCUAUGCUCGAUCUCCAGGGAGAGUGAACUUGAUCGGAGAGCACAUUGACUAUGAAGGUUAUUCGGUGCUGCCGAUGGCAAUCAGGCAAGACACCAUCGUUGCAAUCCGCAAGCAUGACGCCGGAGAGGCUCAAAAGUUUCUUCGAAUCGCUAACGUUAAUGACAAGUACACCCUGUGUACUUAUCCUGCUGAUCCUUACCAGGAAAUUGACUUGAAAAAUCAUAGAUGGGGCCAUUAUUUCAUCUGCGGAUACAAGGGUUAUUAUGAAUAUGCUAAGUUAAAAGGAGUGGAUGUUGGUGUGCCAGUUGGACUUGAUGUUCUUGUUGAUGGAACUGUCCCAACAGGUUCUGGUCUAUCAAGCUCUGCAGCAUUUGUCUGUUCUUCUACAAUUGCAAUUAUGGCUGCUUUUAGUGUGAACUUUCCAAAGAAAGAAAUUGCCCAGCUUACAUGUGAGUGUGAAAGGCACAUUGGAACACAAUCUGGAGGAAUGGACCAGGCAAUCUCUGUUAUGGCCCAAACUGGGUUUGCAGAGCUUAUUGAUUUCAACCCUAUUCGUGCCACUGAUGUGCAACUGCCUGCUGGUGGGACUUUUGUAAUUGCACAUUCUUUGGCAGAAUCUCAGAAGGCUGUCACUGCUGCUACAAAUUACAACAACAGAGUUGUUGAAUGUCGACUUGCUGCUAUUGUGCUUGCAAUAAAGCUUGGAAUGAAACCGGAAGAUGCAAUAUCAAAAGUGAAAACCCUUUCUGAUGUUGAGGGGUUGUGUGUCUCUUUUGCUAGUAGUCAUGGUUCUUCUGAUCCUGUUGUUGCUGUUAAGGAGUUUUUAAAAGAGGAACCAUAUACGGCUGAAGAGAUCGAAAAAAUCACUGAGGAAAACCUGCCAUUAAUUUUCAGCAGUUCUCCAUCUUCAUUGGAUGUUUUGAAAGCAGCUAAGCAUUACAAGUUACAUCAGAGGGCUGCACAUGUUUACUCUGAAGCAAGGCGGGUACAUACUUUCAAGGACACUGUAUCAUCAAAUUUAAGUGAUGAAGACAAGUUAAAAAAGCUGGGUGACCUUAUGAAUGACAGCCACUACAGUUGCAGUGUUCUAUAUGAAUGCAGCUGCCCAGAGUUGGAAGAACUUGUAAAUGUUUGCAGGGAACAUGGUGCUUUAGGUGCAAGGCUUACAGGUGCUGGAUGGGGUGGCUGUGCAGUAGCUUUGGUAAAAGAGUCCAUUGUCCCACAGUUUAUACUCAAUUUGAAGGAAAAGUUCUUCCAAGCAAGGAUUGAUAAAGGUGUAAUCAAUAAGAAUGAUCUUGGCCUCUAUGUUUUUGCUUCAAAGCCAUCGAGUGGAGCUGCUAUUUUCAAGUUUUAACACCAACCGCUUGUUUGCCCUUUGGCAAUAAACAUUCAGUUUUUUAUUUAUGUCAAGAAACAUUUGAUUUAAUCUAACAGAAUAAAAUUCGAUGCUGCCUUGUAAGAACUUUUUCAAAGUAAAUAAUUUAUUUCACUCAA